AUGAGACCAAUCACGCAGUCUGACGUCGCGGACUUCAUGGACGGCCUUCAGGCUAAUUAUCUCCUGGACCAAUAUCGGUUGAUCACGAACCUCAACCUCGCGCCAUUUUUGAUGCUCGAACGGAACUGGUGGCCUGCGAACUACGUCAGGUCGCUCCUGAAAAGGUCCCCCGCCUGCAUCACCUCCUCCAAAGGCAUUCGGUUGCCCCUCGAGCUGUGGCUCGACAUCAUCGAGAUUGUUGAAUGUGACCCCGAUGACUGUGUUCUUCUGGCGCCGGUAGCGGUCCGCGAGACCGAAGGCCGAUCGUUUCUGCUUUGCAUUGAGAUACAGAGUCACUGGGCAGUCAAUACCUGUGGAGACCUCGAGGACACCUACAUCUUCCUUCAUCGUCACGGCCACCCUAACCAAAAAGACGAUGAACGGGAUGGUGACAGGCGAUGUGACCCGGUCUGGAUACGUGAAGGCCCCCAAGCGAGAAUUUUGAUCGACCUUGGCGCCAUUCCUGAAAAAGAGGACCAGUUGUUUGGAGUGUGGAUUGACGUUGGGGACGACAACAAAGUGGCAUUCAUGAAAGGGAUAAAAUGCCGGACUUGCCACGGCCUCCGCUAG